AGUGCGACAUACUUGUAUAACGCUUUUGUCUCUUUCUUUCUUGCUUUCUAUCUUUCUACGUUUAUCAUUUUUCUUUACUAGUUGCAGGUCAUAAGAGAUUGGAGAACGAUGGCUCGACUGGAAGACUGCAGGCUCUCUUUCCGGGCUGUCUUUUUUCCGCUAAUCACGGUCGGUUUGUUCCUGGUGACGACGGUUUCCUGCGCAGCGGGUGGUGUUCGGCCGUCCCCAUCGGCUUCCGGUGCAUCGGGAACCAAGAAGACCGAAAUCUGGCAGAUAGACUUGCUGCCCGACAACGGAGGAGGCCACAGCGGCGGCAACGGUGGAGGCUUCGGUCCCGUGGCACCGCCGCAACCACCGCCGCCUGUCAUCCACCAUCACCACCACCAAGCGAACGACAGGGGCUCUGUUGGUGGAGGCGUUCAUCACGCGGGAAACGUGGGGCUGCACGCGUUCUCAACGGCGGGGGGUGGCGAAUCCUACGAGCAGCAAAUGCCUCUCCACGCCAUCGUGCACACGCCGAUGCAGGUUGACACGACGUCCAGGUGGCCGUCGAGCUCAGACUGCGCCAUGACCAACAGGGACAUGUCGACAGCGGCGCCGCUCGUGGCGCUCUUCGUGGGGCUGGCGCUGGCGCUGCCCAUGUUGGGCCUGCUGUUCAUCGCCAAGAUGCACCUCUUCUCGUUGCUGACGGGGGGCUCCUCGGUGCCCCAGACGGUCACCACCAGCGUCGGCGGCCGCAAGGAGGACGUGCUAGAGCGACGGCUGGCCGACGCUUGGCCCGCCUUUCGGGACGCCGUCAGCAAAUACGUACUCGACGUCAGGCCCGUCGGGACGACCAAGAACAUGACAGCGCAUUCUAUGUAGAACUCGUUGUUGGUUGCUGUGGUUGUUUAAACUGAUGUAAUGUGGGAAAAGGCCCUGCCGAGGAAGAAGAGCGCGAAUGAGGAAAUUACACGAAAGUUUACGAGAAGACACAUUUCUGGUUCGCUGCCCUACAGGAAAGGAAAGGGUGAAAGAAAGACGGAAGGAACAGCAAUCUCCAAAAGCAGGCGCGCGAAACAUAAUAUACAAGAGGCAAGGGACGGGAGAAAUAAAGUUUAUCUAAUCAAGCCACAGCUGCGUAAAAACUUCAGUAGUGUCUUGAGGUACUUCUGAUGCGACGACAGUUUAGGUCGACCUUCCAGGGUUGCGUGCUCCGAAUGCAACCUGUCUUCAAUAAGGGCGAACACGGUCGCAAGAGACUGAAUGCCUGUGCGUGGUGUAGCGAGGAUCAGCGGCAAAGAACGUGAUCGACAGCUUCCUCGCGGCUGCAGGAUCACAGGCAGGUUAUAAGGAGCGAUAAUGAGGACAGGCGCUAGAGCGUGUACGUAUCCGUAGUUGCAGGGCCCAUUUACAACACUACGUUUAUGGUCUGCAUUGCUAAAGAAUAAGAAGAAAGCCCUGACCGCACGAUUCACGGUUACACGAGUUUCGAUUGAGAGCCCAAUUGCACUUCUUCGUUCAACGGCCUAUGGCCAAUCGGAUACAACAAGGCCGACAUAUUCGUACUGAGCACGAGCUAUUACAAUAUGAACU